AUGGAUGUAAACAGGCGACGGAAAUUGCUGUUAUCUGUCGACAACCAAAGUUUCAUUGGGGAAGGGAAGACUAUCCUUUUCAGACUUUCACCGCCCAAACUUAAUCGGGAAUUUUAUCACUGUUACGGCACCGAGAGUUACACAUCUGGAAGCCAAUUUGAAGCCAAUCUCGACCACCUUUUCACUUCAUUGUACACUAGAGCUCCUCCUACACGUUUCAACACGACGAUCUCCGGCGAGGAACCCCAUGGGGUAUAUGGCCUCCUCCAGUGCAAUGAUAAUACCACAGAGUCUAACUGUCGGGAAUGUGUGAAUACGUCGAGCGUGGAGAUUGUCCGACGCUGUCCUAACCGAAAAGGAGCAGUCAUCCAGUUUGGGCACUGUCUUUUGCGAUACUCCGGCCGGAACUUCUUUUCCCAAAGCGAUGAUCGGGUGAAAAUCAAAGCUGCAUCUAGCCCAUCCAAAUCCGCCAUGGCGAUAACCAAUUUUUCCUACUCUAAAAAGUUAUACGGUAUGUCACAAUGCACCCGAGACUUGUUGGUAACCUACUGCUACAGUUGUCUGAGGGGGAUGAUUAAUUCCCGUUCAGCGAGUUGUAACACCCGCAUGUACCAGGUGUUUGACGUAGAUGAUGAAGUCAUGGUGUUCUUAAGGAAGGAACGCAUAACCAUUGGGAAACAUAACAAGCUACAACCUUAG